GGACUCACUCGGAUCACGAUCAGGUUUCUAACCCAUUUGAUGAACUGAUCCAUCUUUCUUUCCUCUUCUUUUCGUCGUCUCCUCUUUUAUUAAUUAAUUUAUUUAUUUUUUCCCGCUGUCGUCUGCGUCAUCUUCCAUUAAUCCUCCUCCUCCUUCUCCUUAUUUGUCCGAUUUGAUAGCCUCAAAUAUCUCCUCUUUUUCGUGUGUCAUGGUGUUGGGGUAUCGUUUUGAUUGUCUGCUACCUACCACUACUAAUGAUAUUAUUCUUGCAUUCAGAAGAACACGUCAAGUUUAUGUCUUAUAGACUUUCCAUCAUGUCUUGGUGCACUAUUGAGUCGGAUCCAGGUGUUUUUACAGAACUCAUACAACAAAUGCAAGUAAAGGGUGUGCAGGUUGAGGAGUUAUAUUCCUUGGACGUUGAGUCUCUGAAUAAUCUCAGGCCUGUAUAUGGGUUAAUUUUCCUGUUUAAAUGGCGUCCAGGAGAAAAGGAUGACCAUCUUGUAAUUAAGGAUCCAAAUCCUAACUUAUUUUUUGCCAGCCAGGUUAUUAAUAAUGCAUGUGCAACCCAAGCUAUAUUGUCUAUUCUCAUGAACUGUCCAGAUGUUGACAUCGGCCCUGAGCUCUCAAAAUUGAAAGAAUUCACAAAGAACUUUCCACCUGAACUUAAAGGUUUGGCCAUCAACAACAGUGAAGCCAUUCGUACAGCCCAUAAUAGUUUUGCCAGACCCGAGCCUUUUGUUCCAGAGGAGCAGAAGGCUGCAGGCAAAGACGAUGAUGUGUACCACUUCAUAAGCUAUUUGCCCGUUGAUGGGGUCCUGUAUGAACUUGAUGGGUUGAAGGAGGGACCCAUUAGCCUCGGUCAGUGCCCUGGUGGGCAAGGCGACUUGGACUGGUUGCGGAUGGUGCAGCCGGUGAUUCAGGAACGGAUUGAAAGGUAUUCCAGAAGUGAGAUAAGAUUUAAUCUCAUGGCAAUAAUUAAGAACAGGAAAGAGAUGUAUACUGCUGAACUGAAGGAGCUCCAAAAGAAGAGGGAACGCAUUUUGCUGCAGUUGGCUGCGGCACAGUCAGACAGACUUGGGAGCAAUGGAGACCUUGCAGCGCUGAAUAAAUCCCUUACAGAAGUAAAUGCUGGAAUUGAGGGUGCUACCGAGAAGAUUUUGAUGGAGGAGGAAAAAUUCAAGAAAUGGAGAACUGAAAAUAUCCGCAGGAAGCACAAUUACAUACCAUUUCUGUUUAAUUUUCUCAAAAUUCUUGCUGAAAAGAAGCAAUUGAAGCCGCUUAUUGAGAAGGCCAAGCAGAAAACAGGGAAUGCGAGGUGAGGGGUGAAGUGUCUCCCUUCCCCCUAGGAUAAGUGAAGACACUUCGUUUAUGAAUUUUACUUCUGGACUAAUUGUUCAUGGAAUUCUUAGUUUGUUACGCUUAUCAUCUCCUUUCAAUGUUUUAAAUUCCAGCAUUGACACUCUUGAUAUUUUUAUGUUUUGCAUUUGCAAGUAUGAAAUUUGGACUUUGGAUCUCUCUUUGUAAAAAUUUGUACAAAGGAGUAAUAUAAAAUUACAUAUAUUUUUCUUUUCAAA